CACCUGUUGACGACAGGCGCAGUGGCGGCGUUCUGCUUCGGUAGCUUACAUUACAUGUGUCAUCGAGUCGACAAUCAGCGGACAUGAAGCUCAUGGCUUGUUACUCAUCGUACAGGUCUCACGACUGGGAAAUGUGUGUUUGAUACGGCUCCGGGUGUUGAAUGGCCAGUCAUGUGACCAUGGACUGGUCUGCAUGCUGGGUGUGUGUGAUCCUUGUGUUAACCGGCGUGGACACGAGAACCCGGAGUAAAGGAGUUUCAGACUGCAAACCGGGUACAUUUGGUUGGAGAUGCCAGUUUUCCUGUGCAUGUCGCUAUGGAUCCUGUGACGCUGCCACGGGCCACUGCGAUGCUGGCUGCCGUGCAGGGAGAUAUGGGUUUGGUUGUCAGUUAGGUGCUACAUGCAUGUCUGACCGCUAUGGCGUUAACUACACCGGAGAUGUCGACUCUGCCAGCAGCGGAAAGACGUGUCUGCCGUGGUCUGAUGCCUAUGUCGUCCAACAAGGCUACACUCAAGAAGAUUUCCCCAUAGGGGAUGUGCCCGAGAACUACUGCAGAAACCCAAGAACCUCCCACGGGAACUAUGCAGUGCAGCCAUGGUGCUACAUUGCAAACGGCGCUGCCAGAUCCUUUGCUGUUUGUGAUCUCAUCACCAUGUGUGAUUGUCCAGUGGGCCUGUUUGGCCGGGCGUGUGAAUCGUUCUGUCACUGCACGGAUGCCAAGAACGGCUGUGACAAAGUCACUGGCUUAUGUGAGUCGGGAUGUGCCGCUGGCUGGACAGGGAUUGGCUGUCAAACAGAAUGUGCCCAUGGGAAGUUUGGUGUUGGGUGCACAGAGACGUGUGGGCGCUGCUAUGGCGACCCCUGCGACCACGCGACCGGGGAAUGUCCGGGUGGUUGUACGGAAGGCCAUCAGGGACAGAAGUGUCUUCAAGAAUGUCCACCCGGCUGGUAUGGACGGAAUUGCAGCAGGAAGUGUGGGAAUUGUUCUCACGAAGAACCGUGUCAUAUGAAGACUGGCGUGUGUUUCCGGGGAUGCGGAGAUGGUUACUUGGGAGAACACUGCGUACAGACAUGUCCUUCGGGGAGAUACGGACGCGAGUGUGCGCAUGUCUGUAAUGACUGCCCUGUGAACGCCUGGUGUCAUCACGUGACUGGCAAGUGCAUCAGUGCGACCGAAGCCCAUGCAGCUAGCGCAUCAACAACAUUGCUGAUACCGAUCAUAGUCGUAUCGGUCAUAGUAUUGGCGGCUCUCUUGAUCGCAUUCUUCUGUGUUAUAUGGAUCCGCCAGAGAGUGUGCACGACAAGGGAGGUAAUACCUGUACAGGAGGACAGUCCCGGGAUGACCACGCCUGCGGAAGACGUUGCGUUGCUGUCUGUAUCUGUUGACAAGAGAGAGGACCCCGAGGGUGAGGCGGAUGUACAGCGUUUGACAGAUGACGUCAAUCACAACGAAAGCUGCGCUUGAUCAGAUGAGAUCACAUAGAUCUAGCUUCAACAAACAAACACAUAAGGUUUUAUGCAAAUUGUGCGAGUGGUGGGUACUAACGAUAGGGUUGGACAUGUUCACCCUUUUCGCGAACACCUGUUUCAUAACAUAUUUUCAGUGAUUACGCCUAAAGAUUGCGCCUUUUGGGGCAGAUAAUUGAGACUGAAUAUUCCCUGUGUUGAUGUUUUAUAUGUGCUGCUGAGUCAGUGAGCACAGUGUUUGUUAUUUCCUCUUGUUUUGAUACCCGCCGUCUUCAUGCCGUGAGCACCACGUGGCAUCUAGGCCUCACGCCUAGAGUUCAUAUUUUACAAUAUUUCAGCCAAAUAGUGACUCUUAAUGGUUGAUAUUGUUUAUAUCAAUUAUGUUCAUUUUACAUUUUACACCGGCGUAUUGUAUGUUUUAUCCGACUAUCCAUUUCUUUCCCAAUCCUCAACCUUAUUGAAAAUGAGGCAAGAUUUAUUAUUAUUUUUUUUUUUUUACUGUGUUUUCUGUGAAAAAUCAUGAUCGGUGGAUGGGAAAAAUUAGAAAAGACAUCACAGAUUUACUUGUUCCUGAAGCAUUAUCUGAGAAUGUUACAAUGUGAGCAGCCAUUGUGAAGUUUGUUCACCAGUCUUGCAGUUUAACAUGUUUGCAUUCGCCGUUAUAAAAUUAGUGCUUAUCAAUUUUAACUCCCCUCUCAUUCAUGAUUUUACGGUCGGCGCAAAUCCGAAAAACAUAUUUUUCAGUUAGAUGUCUUUCCUGUAUUGAAAUGUGACUGGUUUCUUUUCCUGUUUUAUGGCGCUUCCGACCAACUUUUCAUCGCGGGUCACUAUACGUAAAGGGUUGCCCUAAAACUGCUACAACAGCCAGUGGCGCCAGUGCUGCAGAACACGCUGAUUUGACGGACAGCUGGUGUCAUGUGUACAGUGAAUUGUUUGUGAUGAUAUCAGUUUCUUUUUGUAUUAGUCGCAAGUGAAUCUGAUUUACGAGUUCACGAUUGCUACAGUAUUAACGCGUACGUUACAUGCAACAUGGUUCCAAGUUUGAAUAUUUUAAUCAUUCAUAUCAUUGCGCAUAGAGGUAUUGUAAUAAAAGGGCUAGGCCUGAACAAAUUGGCAGCCUUAGCAAGGACUCUUCAAGUCGUAUAUUACCCCACUGUGUUAUCUCAUCAACUUAAAGGGUGUGUGAAUUUUGCAGUUAAUGAUUUCCUCAUUACACACAGACAAUGUCCCAGUUCCAAGAACAACGUCUUGACCUUCAUUUGAACGUGGCCCAAGGCGUGCAGAAUAAUGAUCCUUUAACGCUUAGGGAUCGAUUUUGAAUAUUUGUGAUCAAUUAUGCAUUGCAUUGAACAUACAAUGCCAUUUAGAAAGUGGGAAAACACCCGUCCGGGAUUCGAACCCACACUGACGCUGACUUUGUGUGCUGGCGAUUAGGUGCCUCACUCUGGCAGUGUGGUUUCGAAUCCCGGGCGUGUCUCAACCCAAAGAAUCUGUACAUGACGAAGAAAAUGUUAUCCCAAAUAUAACAAUUGUUAUAUUCAUUGUAUCAUUUUUGGAUACAUUAAUUGUUAAAUGUCGGUUUCUAUAACGGCAUUGUCACGUGUGUGUUCGCCGCACAUGAUUGUAAAGAAUGGCAUCUUCCCCAUUCACGUUGUCAUCGUUGACGUUGUUGCUGAUAUCAUUUGACAUGUUAUUGCUUUCCCCGCCAUGUUGCAUUUACAAAUAUGUUAUGUUGUUUCUUUGCGCAUACUGGAAUGCCCAAAACAAAACACACGCAACACACUGCCUAAACAACACGUACCUGCAUGCCGAGUGCCUUAAUCAUGUAACCCCGCAGACCUGAAUAAAUAUUUUUUAAACGA